AUGGGCGAGGGGCAGAACCCCAGCUUUCACCCUCCGGACUCGCUUUCUCUCGAAUACCCCGUCCCGCCCCACGUGCGCCAGAAGGCGUCGCUGUGGAGGAAGCAGCUUUCUGCCGGGGCUCAAUUUCUUGGUUUUUUGUACGCGUCUCUAGCGUGUUGCAAGGGCGGCUCCUCUCCGGGCUACACCUGGGAAGACGCUUCAGCAGGUUCGUUCUGUGGCUUGUUGCAGUCAUCGGCCCUCAGGAUGAAGAGGAACCUGGACUGCUGGUCGCUCGUCGUCUUCCUCGCACUAUUGAGCCAGCACUGGGCAUGGGCGUUGGCGUGUGGGGAGCAGGAAUACUGGACUGUGGAGGGGGACUGUGCCCCCUGUGUGGAGUGUCCCCCCGGAGAGGAGCCCGAUAGGAAUUGCGGCUCUGGGCAAGGCCUAGGUGUAACCUGUCAGGCCUGCUCUCCGGGCACCUUCUCAGCCAGCCACGGCACGACGCCCUGCUUACCUCAGACCACCUGUGAGGCCAGGAAGAGGAUCCACGCCAGCCCUGGGACAGCUGCAGCAGACAGCCGGUGUGGAGGCUGCAUGCCAGGAUUUUACAUCCCUGAAGGAGAGAUGGACCCAACAGCCGAAUGCCUGCCAUGCUCCUCUGCUCCCAAAGGCAUGCUGGGCUGCCCAGGUGUGACGCCGUGGCUGACCCGGCUGGUGAGGAACGUCGAGGCCCUGCACAGACGGGACGAGAGGGCGGCGUCCAAUGGCACGUGGGACGGGAAGCGGGAGGAACACACCACGCAGUAUGCCGUGCUGGCCAUCGUGCCGGUCUUCUGCGUCAUGGGGCUGCUGGGCAUCCUCUUCUGCAACCUCCUGAAGAAGAAGGGCUACCACUGCACGGCGCACAAGGAGAGCGACGAGGAGGUGGCGAAGGCGGAGAGAGGCGGUAAUAACUCAGCCUACAGAAUAGAAGAUGCCAACCAAGAUACCAUCGGGGUCCUUGUGCAGCUGAUCACGGAGAAGAAAGAGAAUGCUGCGGCCCUGGAGGAGCUGCUGAAGGAGUACCACAGCAAACAGGUGGUGCAGACCAGCCACAAGCCUGCCACCAGCAGGCUGCAUUUUCUACCACACCUCCCCCACAUCUGCCGGCACCAGCACCACCUGCACACAGUGCAGGGCCUGGCCACUUGCUCGGGCCCCAGUUGCACCCGCUGCUGCCAGAAGAAGUGGCCGGAAGUGCUGCUCUCUCCGGAAGCUGCCGCCACUGCCAUGGCCGCCACCAUCCCUAGUCCUGCCAGCACUGCCUCCAAGCCGGCAAAGCCGGGCGGCAAAGCCAGCCGGCCGGGGGAGAUCACCAUCCUCUCUGUGGGCAGGUUCCGAGUGGCUUGCAUCCCUGAGCAGAAGCCUAGCCCUCCAGAAGUGAAAACCAUCUUGGAGUGCAGUGGGGCUGAGCUGGCCGACUCCCCCCGCAGCAGCCUCCCUGCCGAGCAGAAAUCGCUGGUGGGCAACGGAGCCAGGUCGAAAUGGCUGAAAACGGCUGAUAGCCAACAAGAGGUGAUCAUCUGACUCCCUUGUGCACCAGGAGACCUGAGAAGCGACUCACUUGGAGGCUUCUGAUUGAACAGUCCACCCAAGAAACGCACACCCUGGGCGAUGCUGAAGGCGAAGAGCAACACUCCAUUUUCCCCUCGGGAGAGCUCCACCACCCCGGAGAACCGCAGGGUGCAGGCCCGGGCCGGCAGGGAGGAGCUGAAGGACAUGCCCAGCAUCUCAACGCAUUUUUCUUUUAGGGAAGGACUUGCGGGGAAGGGAAGGGGGCACGGAGGGCUCAGGGGUGCUGGAACAAUUCAUACAGUGCGGGGGUGAGAACCAUUGAACCAAACUGUAAACCUUGCUUCAAGCCAGCAGGCGCGGCAGCACCCCUAGUUCCAGCACCUAUGGGAGGGAUGGGGGAUUCUUAGCUGCCCAACUGGAAAACCCAUGCUACUUUCUUCAGAUCAUGCGGGCUGUUGCUCCAGCAGAGCAGAGGGCAGCGUUUUAUUAAACUAGGGGCUGGGGUAGAUAGAGAGUCAGCUUGUUGUUGGCUUGGAGCAUGUUCCUACAUCCCAUGGGUAGGAACGUAGCAUUGCAACGUACCAGGCUGGGGUUGGCGGCUAGUUUGGCUUUCUUUCUUUCCCCCGUCAUGAACAAAGAGAAACCCAGGGUGACUUGCAGUGAAACUCUCUGGCUGUAGAGAGCCCAGCCUAAUGUUACCAAAGCUCUGUCUACUUUCACGUCCCAGUGGUGAUUGCACUAGCACAGUAACGGCACAGCUCUCGCAGUGUGAUUGUUAUCAUGUCUUGCCACAUCUGGUGUUUUUUUCUUAAAGCCCCAGCUCCUGGAUCCAUGUGAUUAGAGGACACUCUCAGCUUUCAUCAACCCCCCUUGCUCGCCUCGCCCUAAAUUUCUAGCUCGCAUGGUUGCAGAGAGAAGCUUGAAAAUGUGACCCCAAUGGCUCAGAAAUUAAAUGAAAUGAACCCAAAUUUUCCACCCCCCCCAAAUCAUAAUUUUUAAGCCCCUCUUGUGAUUUUUGAAUGUGUACUUGGCCAUGGUGCUCCCAUCUCCCCCCUAAGAGGGCUCAUGGAGUUGUAGUAACUAAUGGUGCUUUAAAGAGACGCACAAAAGUUGCAGGGGAGGAAUCCAAACAAAGCACAUUUCCUCCAUUGUUCCUGCCCACGAGGGAAGCAGGGACCAUGCUCCAAUGAGCUGAGCGGUGCCUAACCCUGCCUCAGACAGUCUUUUUUUUGGUUUUUGUGGGGUCAUCUUUUCAAGCAGCAAUCUGCAUUUACUGGUUCAGAAGCUCAGGGAUUCUCUGCUUUGCUGUUUAAUUUUAGAUCUUUGGCAUUAGCAGAAAGAGCUCUGCGGCUGGGUUGUGACAGGAUGGUCCGUGUCUGGGACUGGGUUCUGCCUGCUACCCAGCGCUAAGGGACUGCCCCAGCUUACUCGAGUCAGUGGCUGACUUUGUGUUUACUGCAGUGGUGGAAGCUGAUUCAGGCCCCAGCCAGGUCUCUGCUCUGGAUCCUAACACUGUACAUGAGGGUGUGAGGAAUUCCUCCCCCUCCCCUUCAAACUCUCAGCUCAGGGUUACUUUCCAGUUUGCCUGGUCUGUGGCAGGGGAGAGCAGCGGCUCUGUCAGUUGAAGACAAUGUUCUGCUGGGGGCAGUAACCCCUCUAAAGAAGGGAAAUUGUUGCUGUUAAGAACGACUUCCCGGAUUUAAAAAAGAAAAACAAAAACUGUUAAUGGUGACUGAGAGGGAGCGGGACUUUCGGGCUACCCCCUGGCGUCCACGAAAGUGCUGGCCAUUCUGCCUACACCACCCUAGGGCAAUCCACCACCCCCUUUAGAAAAAGGAGAUGGGUGAGUUUUCCCAGCCAGCUCUUUAGUGGUGUCCAUCCUUUCCCACUGGAUGAGGAUUUCACCCACUUGUUCUGAUGGCCUGGCGGUCAGAUUAAUGAGCCUGUCGGCUUUAGCACCUGUGAAGCCGUUUGACUAUCUUCAGGGCUCCUGGCCCACGGGGCCUCCUGGCCAGAGAACCUUGGGGCUGACCCUACUUGGCCUGUUCUCACAUGGCAAUGGCUCCCCAGAUCAGAGACGGCAUCAUGCAGGAUCUGCCAGGGGGCUGCUGCCAUUUCACUCCAGUUCACUUAGCUCCCAUUCAGAGCCCUCCUCUAUGACCAGGUAUUAUUGCAGGGCCCAUCCUGUGAGCAGUGACUAAUGCUUGGGGGCGCUUACUCAGCAAACCCGCCCUGGGACCACAAACUCCAACAGCAUCUUCUAGUCCUGGCCCUAAUAACACUGCAGCAUCACUGCCGGGCGUGCGGCACAUUGGCCCAUCACUCUAGCGUAUUGCAGUGUUGCAUUAACAAGACCAUCCCAUAAUUCUCAGUAGGUCAGAAACUCCAGGACUGAGACCUUCAGAAACGAGGCAGGGGGAGCCCUUCUGGCUUUUCAGUGAUAAUAGAUCAGGUAACCUAGGCCCAUGAGCCGCCUCCUCUCGGGUGGGGGGAAGCUUAGGUAUGCAUGUUGCAGCGCUCCCAUCAUGUGCUAGACAUGGUGCAAGAUCUGGGGCCAGCAUCUCUGUCCUAGCCCAGCAUGCGGCUCCUGGGCUGGCAUCCCUCACCCCAGACUUUCUGGGGUGGUAUCCCAUUGUUUACAGUAGGGUUAAUUCUACUAUGUAUUGUCAGUCACUCAGUUGUGUCGUCCAUUGUUCUGUUUUGUACAUCAUAUGCUCUGUUAUUUAUGAGGGCGGUGCGGGGAUCUGCUUUUUAACAGUGUUUGUACAGCCCUCCCCAGCAGCUGGUGGCGUCCCCGGCUUGGCCCGUGCCUUUUAUUUAUUCAAGACGAUGUGUUUGUUUUUGUUUUGUUUUUUAAAAGCCAUCAUUUAUUUUCAGCCUCCUGGUUUA